UGCAGGUGUGCGGGACGCCGGGCGAAGAUGAAUAACCCCAUACCUUCCAAUUUGAAAUCAGAAGCAAAAAAGGCUGCUAAAAUAUUAAGAGAAUUCACAGAAAUUACUUCCAGAAAUGGACCUGACAGGAUCAUUCCUGCCCACAUAAUCGCCAAGGCAAAAGGACUCGCAGUCCUGUCUGUGGUCAAGGCUGGGUUCCUGGUGACAGCCAGAGGAGGCAGCGGCAUCGUGCUGGCACGGCGUCCGGAUGGGAAAUGGUCCGCACCUUCUGCCAUUGGGAUAGCUGGCCUUGGUGGGGGAUUUGAAAUAGGAAUUGAGGUAUCGGAUUUAGUAAUAAUUCUGAAUUACGGCAGAGCUGUAGAAGCUUUUGCGAAGGGUGGUAAUCUGACACUCGGCGGGAACCUCACGGUGGCUGUCGGGCCUGUGGGAAGGAACUUAGAAGGGAACGUCGCCCUAAGGAGCUCAGCUGCUGUCUUCACGUACUGCAAGUCCAGGGGUCUCUUUGCUGGUGUGUCUUUGGAGGGCAGCUGUCUGAUCGAAAGGAAAGAGACUAAUCGAAAAUUUUAUUGCCAAGAUAUUCGAGCUUAUGAUAUUUUAUUUGGAGAUAUACCGCCACCUGCUCAAGCAGAAGAUCUCUAUGAAAUUCUCAAUUCCUUUACUGAAAAGUAUGAAAAUGAAGGACAACGAAUCAACAGCAGGCGAGCGGCACGUGAGCAGCAGCGCAAGGCUAAAGAAUUACCCCCCAAACCAGGGUUGAGACCACAACAGCCAUCUGCACCUGUCCACCUGACUUCUGGCUCCCAAAAUGACAGAAAUGAGUAUAAGCUCUAUCCUGAACUUCCCAGCUAUCAUGAGAGAGUUGGCAAUUCAAAUCUGCCGAUAGAAAUGACAGCGCUCUAUUCAUUUGAAGCACAGCAGCCAGGGGAUUUGAAUUUUCAAGCUGGAGACAGAAUCAUAGUUAUAUCAAAAACAGAUUCACAUUUUGAUUGGUGGGAAGGAAAGCUUCGAGGUCAAACUGGCAUUUUUCCAGCCAACUAUGUAACCAUGAAUUAAAGUUCAUGCCACUUUCUUCUUUGAGAAUUACACACACACAAAAAAAUCUACACUGACAGGAUUUACUAUCCAGCUAAGUAAUGUUAUUAAUAUAAGUUUAAAAACACUUCUGUUCUGCAAACUUUCAAUCCAGUAUGUAAAAGAUUUUGUUUUUCUGUAUAUAAACUGUUAGCUUUCAUAUUUUUAAAUACUUUUUACUUGUUUUUAUCAGGUACUUAAUAUCCUACAAUUUACAUGGUCAUAGUACUUUUGUGUUCAUUUUCAAACAUCACUAAAAUUUAAACUAGCUAUGGGCAUGGUAACUAUGUUAAUUUGAGAUCUUGGAGAUUGAGCCAUGAAUGUCAAUUUAUAUUUUUCUAUUUAUAAAGUGACAAAAAAAGAAAUCAGCUUAAAUGAAGUAUUAAGUUAUACAUAGAGUUGUAGAAUUAACUAGAAUAUGAAUCCUUAAAUAUUAUCUUUAUACCUUCAAAAAUUGUAUAUAUUUAUUUGAAUUACAAAGAAAUCCAACCACUAUGACAUCUAUUAACUCUUCCUUAUGGGCCUAUGUUGGUGCAUUUCCUGCGGUAGAAUCAACUUAUGAUGACAUGCUUGAAGUUGUUCCUAAAUAAAUUUUUAAUU